ACCCUUCUUCUCCAUCAUCAUCAUCAUUUGGCUUUUUCAUUCUAGAGUCAUGACAUAUAUAUGAUCGUGGGUACACCAAGGGGUGCUUCAACAUUCACACGCGGAGCGUGUUGACGACCAUGCGCGCAGAUCAGUUUACAAAAGCAUGGUCGGCAGUCAACUCCAGUUGCGCUCCGUCUACUGACGAGUCGUCAUCGUCGGAGAUUAAUCGGUGUAAUAUUAUAAUUUUUUCCCCCAAAAGACAUAUCGUCAAUUGAAAUAAUAAAUCAUCAAAGAAAAAUUCACUUUUCUUUAAUUUUUCUAAAGUAUAAAGAUCACUAAAUAUUGAAUUUAUCAUUAUCGAGCUUCUUACUGUUGAUGAAAAUAUUUUGACCGUUAUCUUGAUCGAAAAAAAAAUGGAAAAUAUCGUAAAUUGCCGGGAAACUAGUGGCCUACUGACAUUAAUGACGUUGUAAAAAGGAGUGAAAAUUUUCUUCACAUAUUCUACGAUGCAGUAAUGCCUGAGAAAUAAACCCUCGAGCAACAAGAGAAGCCUGCCAACACUGAGACAACACUAUGGAUACCCUAUACACCGGUGCAAUUCAUGGUUUUAACAGGCAUGCCGUUGGGACAAAUGGCAUUUCAUCGGGUAUCGCUGGUGCACUUGAUCAAGACGGUGUCCUCAGUCUCAUUGUUGUUCUCGGUGGUAGCCUAUCGUUAGUUGCCCUGGUAUUUGCAUUCAUUACGUACAGUUUAUUCUCGGAUUUACGGAGUUUGGCCGGUACAACCCUCAUGAAUCUUUUAGCAGCUCUCUUCAUGGUACAACUUCUGUUCAUAGUUGGUGUUGGUGGUGUACAGGAUCCUGAGCUCUGUAUAUCUCUUGGUCUGAGCCUCCAAUACUUGAGAGUGUCCGUAGUCUGUUGGCUAGCUGCAAUGUGUCAUCAUCUCUACGCUACAGUGGCAUCAGUACCAUGUCGUGAUGACCCACCAACUUAUCUCAAAUACAGUGUAUUUGCAUGGGGAGCUCCAUUGGUAACGCUGGUGGGAUCAGUCUACAUUCAGAAUAAGGAGAGCAGCGAUCUGUGGAACAUCAAGGAUUUAACGCCAUUCAACUGCUGGUUUCUCGGCUCUCGAGCGACUGUCUACACUUACGGUCUACCGAUUGUUCUACUUCUACUUAUCUCGGGUUAUUAUCUUCUGAAAGCGGCCAUUGUUGCACGAUAUACAUGCAGCAUGCAAUUGGAUGUGAAGCAGCGAGAUAAAAUAAAGAGGCGACGAGCUCUACAAUUGAUGCUAUUUCUCAAGAUUUGCCUAACAGUGGGUCUCAUUGCGGGCUGUGGAAUAGCAUCCAGAGUAUGGAGAGUGCCCGUACUCUGGGCUAUUUUCUGUACAGGACAUUCACUACAGGGACUUGCUGUUGCACUGUCAGUGGCAUGUAACUGUCGUGUCCUGAAUGUCUACGCUAGAAAACCAAAGCAAUCUAAACAACAGAUCGCUAAAUCGACCAGCAUGCAAUUACUGGCACCGCAUCCAGAUCCUGUUUAAUAGGUACAAAUGACUUAAACUAUUUUUUUUUGUAUCCUUAUGGAAGAGCCAAAGAAACGAAAAUCAAACAUUGAAAGCAAACAAAAGAAUGGAUAAUCAAAACGAACGGCAAAUAUUUUUUAUAUAGACUUAAUGGUCCCAGCCAUUUACUAUAAUUAACAAUUGGUUGACUUCUCUAAAACCGAAGGAUAAAAUUACCAUUUAAAAAUAAUAUUUAAAUCCAUAGAUUGAACGAUUAUUAAUGCUGUAGCAAAUAGAGAUAUAUAUUCAAAGGUGAUAUGAAAAAUAUUGAGAAAAUCUCCGAAAAUCUCUGAAAAUGAUCUCAGUUUUAUAAUUUUGCACACUUGGCUGUAAAUAAAUUGACUCUGUGUAGUUUUACAUAUCAAAAUGGGAUAAAUUAAAUAAUUAACUGCUGGUAAUUAACGUUAAUUGUAACGAUGAAGAUGGGUUUGAAGCGUCACAAGUUCACCCAAUACCCAAAAGGAUGUAAACGAUAUUAGCGUCGACGGCAACAGACGGCAUGUACACAUGGGCUCCCGAUUCUAAACCCAGUCGAGUAAUACAAUUUGCAUAUCCAACAUCUGCCCUCUGACCUUACGCAUAAUUAUCCUAUUCCAAUCAAACUUGAUGGCGACACGUUUAGGUGUCAUCAGUAUUGAACACUGUAUGAUGAAAAUUUAAUGUACUUCAUGGCAUUAAAAGUAUUUUGAAACCAACUAAAUAUAAA